AAUGAGCUUAUAGAAAUAAAGGAUUACUUUAGGGGAAGAAAUGAAUUAUUUAUUAAGCUAUUUAGAAUAAGGUUUUAAGAAUAUUUGUGAUAAUAAUGUAAAGUGUUUGAAAAUAGAAUUUAUUGGAUUGAUAGAUUAAAAGAAGAUUAUAAGUCAUGUUAAAAAAAGAGUGAGUGAAUAUAUAGAAAUAUAAACUUAAGGGAAACAAUAUAAAUAAGAAGUAUAGUAGCUAUAGGAAUAAAAAGGUUAUUUCUAUUUAAAUCACUUGCCAUUAUCUUUGAAAAGGAGAUUGUAGGGAUUACACAAGAUUAAAUUUUUGAAUGAUAUUUCCUAUAAUAUUUCAAGUUCAGAUUAGGAUCAAUUGAGUACUUCUUUUAGUUAUUUGGGAUUAUUAUUAUAGUCUGUAGCAAAGAUAAAGGGUGUAACAUUAAAAUAUAGAUUUAAAUUAAAGGGAAGCAAAAGUUAUAUCUAAUAAUAAAUGUUUGA